GACUGGAGGAAUGGCGUCUCGCUGACCAUCCCUCUCCUUUGGGCAACUUGAUACAGCGGUCUGCUUUUGGUUGGUUGAAAUUUCUGGCGGCGCAUUUGUGUGAUUGACGGUGCAGUCAACGGACGGGAUUGCCUCGGAAGAUUGUGGUCACGGUGAAUCUGGAGGAGAAUGCAAGCAGCUCUCUCCUCGGCGAUACUCCGAUUGAAUGGAAUGAUGGAGUGUCGAUUUGCGUACUGCUGAGAGGAAGUUUGCGAGCUAUGGCCACCUCGCAGUUAUCUCUACUAUCAUUGUGCUGUCCUCUCGGCUGACGUCCGUCUCUGUUGUUCUCUGUUUUGCGCGUCGUCUUUGUCUAGCCUUCCUGGCCCCGCUUCUUAAAGUGGCUUUGCAAUUGCCAAGUAGGACGUUUCUGCGGGCCACGAAUUCUCUCUCUCUCUCUAAUUGUCCCUUGUAAUUCUCUCUUCGCUACAAUCUUUUCCGUAUUGAGUGCCCGGUGACAUGCUCGAUUGCAUCGUUGUUCUCGUGCGUCUCUCUGAGAAGAGGAGGUGGAGGCGCUUCGUUAUCAUCCAGCAGCCGGCGGGUCGGAAUUAACCAGGAGGAGCAGGAAAGCAUCAUUGUAUGCGCGUCGGCCCGUUGGUUUAGGUGAAGAACGAUUAAGUGGAAUAGAGGUAGGUGUAGUGAUCAUUACGACGUGUGCUGGACCGCCUGAAGUGGAAAAGUAAGUGGAAGAGAGGGAGGUGUAGUGAUGAUUGCAAUGUCUGCUGAACUGCCUGGUGCGUUGUUGAAGAUUUGCGCCCUCUGGAUGUGUCUUGUGGCCCUUGUUUAAUUGGCGCGCCCUGCGUUUCGAGAGCGACGUCGAUCAAGUGAGAGACAUUGGUCCAGAGAACACCAUCCGUCUUAACCAUCGUCGCACGCCGGCGUGCGACGGCGCAGGAUUCCAUCCCGGCGCGUACUAUUCCUAAACUAAAUCUUAGUGUUUCGCCCGCGUCGCCAAUUCGAGAACAGUUAGUUGACCCUUUCUGCUUGAGAGGGAGGGGGUGGGGUGUCGAGUGUGUGUGGACGGACAUCGAACGGACGUGACGUGAUAGAGUCGCUUGCGUUUGGAGGGAGAACUCUUCAUCGUUAGUGCACACAGGGCGGGGGGUGGGAGCGAGUCGAUUGUUGGAUGUUAACUCCUCGUUGCGGCUCUGUUUUCCGGCGCUCUUCGUCUUCUCUCUCUUUUUGAAAGACCUAUGUAGAAGAGUAGGUAGUCAUCCCCUCCACUUUUGAGGUAGGUUUUGUUCCGUAGGACUAGAUCUGGAGACCUUCCUGCGGAUAGCAACAAAAACGUGGUGUUAUAUUGCGUUCGAAGUCAGGGUACUGGCGGAGUCUCUCUCCUGAAAGCACCUUGUAGUAGAGAAGCGGAUCAAGGCAGGACGUCGUCUGGCGGCUAUGGUGGACAGAGGGCCGCGCUAACUAUCGCGUGCUGUAGAACAGGGAGAUUAGAGCCGCUUCCGGUAGCACAGCAAGGGGGUAUUGGUGGAAAGUACGUCUAACGAGAAGAUACACGGACGAGAGAAGGGGGAAGGGGUGGGGGUUGCGGGGAUUGACGGAUAACGUGGGGAGGGGAAGGUGGUGUGUUUCGCCUUUUGCUGCCCUCUGGGGUAGGCUUUGUAUGGUGUGAAGAGACAUCCGGGUAGCUAGCGAAGGUCGGCUUUGCUUCGUUGUACGCGAAGCCGGCCAGCUGGCAGGCGUACGCCGACCGUCUUUCAAAAUGGGGAGAGAUGUCCGCAAGGGGGGGGGGGACGAUGAGGCGGCGAAGAGUUUUCAGAAGUUGCUGGGUGAUGUAGGAGCGUGGGCGAUGAAUAUUGUGAGCUCAGUGGGAAUCAUCCUUGUGAACAAACAGCUGAUGUCGAACUACCACUUCACCUUCGCGACGACGCUGACGGCCAUGCACUUCUCGAUGACCGGUCUGAUGGGGUUGAUCUCCCAGUCGCUAGGAUACGUAACUAGUAAACACGUGCCGUUCUUUGAUCUUCUAUGGUUCUCGUUGAUUGCAAACACGUCGAUUGUGGGGAUGAAUGUGAGUUUGAUGCUGAACUCGGUGGGGUUUUAUCAAAUUGCCAAGCUGAGUAUGAUCCCGGCCACGUGCCUGUUCGAGCAUCUUUUGCAUGGAAAGACGUUCAAUAGGGAGGUGAAAGGGAGUAUCCUGCUCGUGUUAAUGGGGGUCGGAAUUUGCACGGUGACGGAUUUUCAUGUGCGAAUGGGGGGUUUCUUCGCGGCGGUCAUCGCCGUGGUGAGCACGUCUCUGCAACAGAUUUUCAUCGGCGCGCUUCAGAAGAAGCACAGCGUCACUCCCUCAGAAUUGCUCUCGAAAACUGCCCCUCUUCAAGCUUGUUCUCUCCUUCUUUUGGGUCCGUUUGUCGACUACCUUCUUGUCGGCACCAAAAUCACGGAUUACCAAGGCGAGUUCUCCGCGUUCGCCUUCAUUCUUCUUUCUUGCGCUCUUGCUAUCUUCUGUAAUCUCAGUCAGUAUCUCUGCAUCGGACGGUUCAGCGCCGUCUCGUUCCAAGUCAUUGGCCACAUGAAGACCGUUCUUGUGCUGCUCAUGGGUUGGACACUCUUCGAUACGCAGAUCACCAUGAAGAACGUCUGCGGUGUUCUGCUGGCUAUCGUGGGGAUGAUUUGCUACGGCAAAGCGACCGAGAGGGCGAAGCAUCCUCCCAUGGAUAUGGCUUCCAGCCCGGGCAAGAAGGGUGAGCUCGGUCUUCUGCUCUCCACAGGUGGGGAACACGGCAAAGACGGCCCCGGCAUUCUCAAUGGCUCUUCCGCGUACGACGGCGACGACGAGGAGAUGGGGUAUCGCACCAAAGGUAGAAGGGAGAACGAGGAUUGAAAAAUAAGUUUAGCAAUGGAUGGAUUUGUUUAUCACGUGACGACGAUUGCUGGUGUGUGCCAGUGAAUCCGAAUGCAAUUAGGUCUUGUUGCGGGGGGAAAUGUCGAUGCUUGGCCACCCCUCAGGGAGGGAGGCGUCGCGCGCCCUCCACCCAUGGGCUUAGGGCGGUCGUUUGCAGAAAUUGCUCUUUCUCCGCGUGCGGAUUUCGACACUAUCCUGAGGUUAUCGCCACGCGGCGCCCCCUCGAGUUGCAGUCCAUCUGCUCGUGCUUGACGCUGUGUCGCGCUGGCAAGAGCGAGCGCACAGGCAAUCUCCCUAUGUUUCUCCUUUUGCCCUCUUUCCCAUGCUUUCCGUCGGGUAUUUAUGCUGCCCCACACCUCAUUUCGCUCAUUCCCGCAGGUCUCCUCUUCGACUUUUUGCCUUUUUUCCCUGAUUAUUUGGUGCCCGGACUUGUGGUUCCUCCACACUUGGGUCAUUUUAUGUUCCUAGGGGAUUUCCCUUGCUGCGUUCUCCUUAUGGUGUGCCUGUGGAUGGGAGAAGUAGACACUGAAACAGGUCUGGACGUGUGCGCGUGCUCUCUCUCUCUCUCUCUCUCUCUCUCUGUGUGUGUGUGUGUGUGUGUGUGUGAGAGAGAGAGAGAGAGAGAGAGAGAGAGAGAGAGAGAGAGAGAGAGAGAGAGAGAGAGGAUGUAAGGUGGGAAGGUUGUGUGAAGGAGUGAGGGAGAGGCGGGAACACGUGGGGUUGCAGUGUGGCGUUGGCAGGGGUGACCGGUGAGAUUUAUAGUGUUGGUCGGUGGUAGAUUGGUCGUUGAGGGAAAGUGGCGGUCAAUGCAAGAUUUGGUGGGAGCUUGUGAAAUGCGCUCUCUACGGUGCUAGUUUGCUGUAGUGUGACGUGGUGAUUUCGAUCUCCGAUUGCGACUCCCCGGGUGAGUGGCAUUACGUUCUCUGUUUCAGCAUUCACUCGAGCAGCAAGCAGUAAUUUCGUUGGUUCGUUUCAAGAAGAGAAGCGCCCAACUUUCAUUCUGUUUCCUCUUUCUCAUUCCUAUUCCUCCGUUGUGUUUCUUCCUCUAUCAUCAUCAUGUCUCUUUCGGCCCGACUUCUGAAACGUGGGCCGCUUAUCCUAUCAUUAAUAAUCGACGCGCCUGCACGGGUAAUUUUGGCCGGUGCUCAGGCGAAUGUGCGGAGUGUCAAUGAUUGCAUACACAUUCCACUGUGUCUUUGAAUUCCUUGAGAGGCGAAAUUGGCGAAAUUGUCAACAUUCGGGUAAUUUAUUACUUAAAGCGGAGGUGAGGGAGCGAUGGAUUUACUAAGAUUGAAUAGGAGUGGGUGGUCCAGGGUCGUUUCAGGUAUAGUUUAGCAGCGGAGGAGGAGGAGGAGGAAGAAAGUGAGUAAGUAGUUAAGGAUGCGGCGGCUGAGUGAAUAAAAGCCUUUGGCGGACAGGAUGCAGUUUCUCCUAGUUGAAAUGCGAUAUUCAAUCCUUGUUCAUGUCGAUUGAUAGGUGUUAUAAGAGUGUGGGUGGUUCGCUGUGUCGUCCUGAUGGUGGUGAAUGGAGGGAUUGGAUUAUCAGGAUGGUCGUCGUCCUGAUGAUGGCUGAAGGGAGGAUGGAGAUGGCGACGGCAAGAGGGCGUAUAAGUGAGAAAGGAUUUGAUGACGAGUGGAUUAUUGUCGGGACCUUGACAAGAAUAUCUUUCCUUUCGUGUUUGAUUAGGGAGAUGAGUUCGUUGUGAGCUUUAUGGUGGUGGUCCCAGGCAUCGUGUUAUGUCUGGUAAUUGGAAAACGAUGUUUGGUGUUAGGAAAGCGGGACUGGAGAGCAGCGUUGUAUCGUUCGUUGACAGAUAUACGAUUGCGCUUCUUUUCAGUGGUGGUCCCAGUCUAAAUGGUUUUUGAUACUAGAAGUCUAAAUGGAAGAAGAUAGUGGGGCACAAGCGAUCACGUGUGUAGGGUCGGGGAGGUGUGAAAGGCGGGUUCUCCACGGCGGCUAACAGAUC